AUGGAAAAGAGGAGGAAGAACCGAGAUGGUGCCAGCGCCAAGGACGAUGUAAUGGGUAGAUUGAUGACGUUGAAGGAUGAUGAAGGGAAGCCAUUAAAGGACAUUGAGGUGCUUGAUAACAUUGUUAGCCUUGUUGUGGCAGGCUACGAAUCCACUUCCCUUUCAAUAAUGUGGGCCCUCUAUUAUCUUGAACCUGCAAAGCCUGGAGCAUACCUAGCAUUUGGCGGGGGAGCAAGAAUUUGGGCUGGAAACAUGCUUGCUCACUAG